CCACCAUAACGUAGCUUACCCUAGUUUUCGCUGUGUAGCCUGCCGACAGACGAGGGUCGGGGCUGUGUGGCCUAGCCCCAAAACAAUCACUGAGCUGGGGCGAUGUAAGGACAAGUCGGUGGUUGAGCACACAAGUAUAGUACUAGUAUGUUUUAGUUACAACUGCACGACACCAGUGAUUAGAUAAAUGGUCGCGGUUUUAUAGUAGGUAAGUGUCAUUAUGUGAUGAUCAAUUCGUCUAGUGAUUAUUGUAAUAAUAGAUUUGCCUAGGCGUAUAAGACGGGUACUAUACUAUAGCCAGAAUACCCUAUCUCUAACAGUUAGUGUAGACUUAAACUAUAAAAUAAAGUUUUCAUCGUGUAAGUGUAAUAAGACUUACUAAGAACUCUUAAGGAAGUGGCUCAGUAAGUAACUAGUCUACAAUUAGAUUUAAUCUAAAACUAAAACAACGAAAGUAGACCUAAAUGAACCCUUUUGUAUUGUUUAAAUACCGGUAUAGUAUAAAUAAUAUACAAGUAUACGAUAGGGCCUAUGUUAAUCUAUGACUUAUGCCAAUAUGUAGGACUAUGCCCAACUAUAUAAUAUAUAGUAUAAGUUAUAUUUCAGUUUCCAAUGAAUGGAGUAGACUUGUAUAGUGGACAAAAGACUAUUCAGUAACAGUAUGAGUAUGUACUGUGAGUAGAAAUAACACAAAGUUAGUGACCUACAAUUAAUUGUUGAUGUUACGACACCAUUAAAAAAACAAUUGACUCGCCACGCCUUGUUUAGUUGUAAGCGAGGGCGCUAAGGGAAGUUCACUCUCAAAAUGAAUACCUGAUACUUUUAAUAAUUUAAAAUGAAAUGUAGCCUAUACUAUAUUGGCUACCUGCCCCGAUAUAAUAUAAGAUAUGUAGGUCUAAUAAAGUUACCAGUGCAAUAAUGCUUGACUCGGGCGUGUGCACUUCAGUUAUUUAAUGUUCUUUUGAUUGUGCAUGACUGAGGAUGGUGAUUAUGAGUAUCAUUUGUUUACGUGUGGUAUGUAUUUUGUUGUUGUUGUGAAUACUUAAUAUGUCACCACCAGUCAGUACAUUCACAACAUUUAAUUGGUCGAGAACGCGUACGUUGCCAGGAGCAAUACUUCAUGUCUACUUACUGUUAGUGCUAUAUUACAGUAAGGCUUGGACGCCCACUAUUAAUCCAUUUACACCCCCACUGCUGAUGACGCCCUUACUCCAUAACACCCCCACUCCUGAUAUUUACUCAACUGCAGUGAUUAUUUCAGAAAUCCCCCCCCCCCCGAGGGGGGGGGGGCAGGGGCAAUGGGGGGGGGGGGGGGGGGCAUUUUGUUUUUUUUUGGGAAUUUUUUUUCCCGGGGGGGGGCUGUGGGUUCCCGGGGGGGGGGGGGGUUCCUGCCCCCCCCCCCCGGAGAUAUAGCUGAAAGAAACCCUGCUCAAUUGUUUUGCAGCUGUUGUUAAAGUUGCACAUGAACCUCGAUUCCUCUAGGGAAGCGGUUCUCAAUUCUCAACCUGUGGGUCACGACCCUUUCACGGGGGUCGCCUAAUACCAUCUGAAAACACAUAUGCUCUACAGUUAUAAAGCAUCAGCGAAAAUAAUAAAGUGGUUGGGAGUCGCCACAACAUGAGGAGCUGUAUUUAAGGGUCGCGGCAUUAGAAAGGUUGAGAACCACUGCUCUAGGCUCCUUAUUUCAGUAGUCAAUUAUUUGUCACAUAUGUGACACGUGAAACCAUAUUUAAUUUGAUCUGAUGCUUAUUUAACAUUUUCAGAACUCUUUUUCUAAAAAAGUAUUUCAUGUGACAUGUGGCAAUUAGUCAGUAAUAUAUAUAUAUAUAUAUUAUAAUAUAUAUCUUUAAAAAAACUGUUUCCUUCAAUUUAUUAAAAAUAAGAAAUAAUUUAAUAAAACUAUUUAAUUAAUUAAUAAAGACAUUAAGAGAGAAAAUAAUUAUGUCAAGGUCACUAUGUUGUAGUACAUUUGUAUGCCGGCUUAAUUAAAGGAAUGGCCCUUUAAGAAGUGAAUACUUUAACUACACGAUAGGCCUAUAUUCUUGUGUUAAGUAUCAUUAAUAAUUUUAGGGACCAUGUCAAUUUUUUUUUAUUAAUAAGUUAAUUAUGACCUAUAUGCUAAUUAACUUAGACUAAGAUCAUUUAAAAUCGUCCCUACUUUAUCUUUAUAUUUACUUGAUUGUCGGAGCAUUCGUGUACGCUACAAAAUACAGAAAAUAUGCCGCGUAUUAUUUAUUAAAUGCAAAUGAAACGUACUUUAUGGCAUACAAUUUUUUUUCAUACAACGUUAAUGUAAUUUAAAAAUUAUGGCAAAAUUUGAUAUUGGUAGGUCAGGUAGAAGAAAGGACAUUCGCUAUGUCAUGGCUUUUUUUUCAAAUAAGGUCAAGGAAUGACGCCCCACCCCCUUUUUGUUUUCCUUCUCUAUUUUAAUCCUUUAACUAACUAAUAAAUUGAACAAAAUUACAAUAUAUUGCAGAGUACGUGUUCAUAAUCAGAUAUAUAGCAAAAAAAAAUAAAAUAAAAAUAAAAUCUAACCAGAAAAACCAGUAUAAUAUUAGUAUCAGUAUCAGUAUGAAUGCGCUUAGCACUAGACUUGAGUUUUUAAAUUGGUUUAUUUGUAAUCAGUGUUGAUUGCCUGUCCGUUUUUUUGUUUGUUUUUAUAUGUAGUAGACUUAACUAGGCCUUACAUUUUAAUCCCAACAGUUGAUUCGUUUUAAAUGUGCUUAGUUUUCUAUUUUCCUGGACUACUAAGUGGGCAUAUCCUUUGCUACAACACUGGCCUACCCUCACGGCAUUCGGGUCCUCCGCCCCACCGUCAAGUUCGCAUGCGCAAACCGAGGGGGGCGUAACCCGCCGACGGGGAGAGCUAAAGGUCAUAGGUUAUCAGCUAUUGGAAAGGAGCCAAGUAUCAGGAUCGGUUGAAUAGCCCAACCCACUGUAAUAAAAACAACAACAACAAAAAAAAUAAAAUAGUACGUUGUCUAUUGGUGUCGAGUUUUUGGAUUAAAUAUACAUUUGCGAUUUAAUUAAUAUAUUUAAAAAAAAAAAAGCGCAAUGGUACCGGAUAGUAUAUUUAAAUCUAAUUUCUAAUCAUACUCAUAGUCAUAGACCCUACUACUUAUUACUUUUAACUAGACAGGCCUAUAGCCACUUCGUUAAUAAAAUGAGUAUGUUUUGGCGGGAUAAGUUAUGAUUUUGGCAUUUAGAAAGGUAAAGACGUUACGCUUCUAUUUAUUAUAUUAAGUUAUACAAUAAUGUCACCUGACAUCGACACAUGCAUUUUCAACGUCAUGACAUAGCAGUCAUAGAUUAUACAUUAUAUUUUGUGUGUUCAAUAUUUACAUUAUAUUUAUAUUAGCCUUUAUUGGAUGUUCAUGAUAUUAAUCAUAUAAAUUAUAAUAUUAGUAUAUGGUCGUGGUGAGAGGGAGAAAAAUGAGAAUGGUCAGUAAUGUGGGGACGAAGAAGGGGAGUUAAUGGAGUUAGAUGACAAAGGGUGAAUAUGAACUUUGAGUUAGAUGGAAUUUUGGAUUGAAAUAAUGAAACACCCAUAACAAGUGUACCGGGUACGCGGGACUACCCGGUGAUAAUAAAAUUGUUGUGUAGCGUCCCUUGGAUAUGUUAAAAUUAAAAGGUACUAAGCGGAAUAUAAUUUAAAAAAUAAAUAAAUAAACGCAUUUAGUAAGUACAUUAAAUGGCUAUCAAGCAGGCCAAUGUGAAGGGGUGGGAAAGGGGAAGAAUCUAGGCCAGCGGUUCUCAACCUGUGGGUGGCGACCACAUUGGGGGAAGGGGGGGUCGAACGACCCUUUCAAAGGUGUCGCCUAAGACCAUCGAAAAGCACAUCUUUAUGAAGAAGCAAGGACGAUAAUUUUAUGGUUGGGGGUCACCACAACAUGAGGAACCGUAUUAAAAGGUCGCGGCAUUAGGAAGGCUGAGAACCACUGAUCUAGGAAAGUAUGGUUUCAGGGGGGAGAAAAAAAGUGUGGGGGGAGGGGGAGCGUACAACCAAGAAUAGCAAGACCGUUGUUCGUCAUGUAGGAGACGGAGAGGGGAGUGGGGUUUGAGGGAGGGGUGGGAGAUGGAGGGGGGCGUAGUGGGGGUGGGGGGUCGGACGGGUUUUGUGUUAGGAGAGGUGGUGCGUGGGUUGUUUUUUUUUGGGGGGGGGGGGUUUUUGUUGCGGAAGGAGGGUUAUGUUGGUCGUCAGGGGUAGUUAUAGGCACUGGGGGAGGGAGGAGUCUAUUGGGAUAAAGAGGAAAGAAAUGGAGGGGGGCGUAGUGGGGGUGGGGGGUCGGACGGGUUUUGUGUUAGGAGAGGUGGUGCGUGGGUUGUUUUUUUUUGGGGGGGGGUGGUUUUUGUUGCGGAAGGAGGGUUAUGUUGGUCGUCAGGGGUAGUUAUAGGCACUGGGGGAGGGAGGAGUCUAUUGGGAUAAAGAGGAAAGAAUAUGGGAGGGGUGUGUUGGCCGUCAGGAAUAGUUAUAGACACCGGGGAAGGGAGGAGUCUAAUAGGAUAAAGAGGAAAGAAUAUGGGGGUAGAUGGCGAGGGUCAGAAAGGUAGAGGGUGGGGCUAUAGGUGGCGGGUGUUUAAGAGGAGUGGGGAGGGGUCAACUUUAACGUUAAUCAAACCAUUCAAACUCAUAAAUGUAAUACUUCACAUUAGUAAUCCGUAAAUUUUUUAAAAUCAUUUUUGACAUCAUUAUCAGGGAUAACAUCGUCCCCGUAACGCAGUGGUUCUUAACCUUUUUUUUUUUUUGGCUGAGCCACAACCCCAUUUCGAUUUCAAAACAUAUUUCUUUGACCUCCCGAACGAUCAAAACGAAAAUUCGAAUAAAAAUGGGAAUAAACGUGACUUUCUGAGACUUUUCUCGCACUCAAUGACACCUCCUCCCCUCACCCCCCAGAGUUGCGGGCGCCCGUGGUUGAGAACCCCUGCCAUAAGAUACAUGCCCGCCCGCUAUUAUUUUACGUGCCGUGAAUGCCAAAAAGUAAACAAUGAUUGCGAUUAAUCAUUAAACAUUCCCCCCCCCCCCCUUUUUUUUUCGAGUCUCGGAUGUAUCCUUACUUCGUGUUGAAUAUGGCCACCAUCAUCAUAGUUAAUAGAGAAAAAAAUAUUUAAGUUUCUCAAUGCUAUUCAAAAAAAAAAGUGUAUUGAUUUUGAUUUAUAACAAAGCUCAUUUAGUAGAUCAUCAAUAUUAACCCUUGGAAUCGAUUGUGAUUGGCGGUGCGGUGGUAGGGAACUGCGGAUUUCGUUUCUGAGGAUCCUAAUAAAAUUAUUACUUAAAAAAAAUAAUAAUAUUUUUUUGAAAAUGAUAAUUUUUCACUACUGAGCCUGACGCAAUGUUAUCGUUUGUAACCCACUGAGAAGAAACAAGUGAAAUACAUACUCCAGUUUUGCAUCACACACAUCCCUUAUGUAAUCAUGUCAAUGAAGGGUGAGACUGUUUAACGGCACUCAUACAACAAUCAUGUCUAACGUUAGAAACUUUAACAGCACUUACACAUCCCUCGGCAAAAAUUUCUAGAGCGAGACAAUUUAACUUUAACAUCAUUACAAAUAUCUCAUAUCAUCAUAUUCUAGGGUGAGACUGUUUAACAUCACAAAUACCGGUAUCUCGCAUCAUCAUGACUGGGGUGAGACAGUUAAAAAAAAAAUAAAAAAUCACGUAUCUCUCAUGAUGAUAUCAAGUGUGAGACGGGUGAAAGUGGUCAGGGUGGAGUGUACCGGGCAGCGUAAAAAGUGUUAGUCACAUCAGUUAUUAACAAAGUAUGUUACCGUGAGGAUUCCCCCACUGCUCUAUAAGAAAAACGGCCGCCGAGUCUGAAGUGGGGGCCUACACUAAAUCAUUUUCCCUAUAUAUUACUUACCAAUCCUAUAAGAUAUUUUAUUUUCUUUUGUUUGGGAGUGGUGUUUUCCAUUGUAUUUUAUAUAAAUAUACCAUAAUCUAAAAGAAAUGAUUUAUGAGCUUGCAUCCAUUACUAAAUUUAGGAAUAAAUUCAAUUGUACAAUAUUUCGUUGUUAAAAUCAUGCAUUAAAUUUUACUUAAUUUAUCCAAUAGAUUUUCUGCAAAACAACGCAACAGUAGUUUUACAUACUAAAAUUCUGAACACAUGGCAACAGUUCAACCAGCUAACAGCUCAGAGCUUCAACUCUAUCGUGUUCUGCAGCGAGCCAAUCUCCUGCAGUAUUUUGAGACUUUCAUUACACAAGGUGAGUAACUUAAGGGUUCAAUUUUAUUACCUCCCCUUUACCUUCAUAAGAUUUAAAAGCUCCACUUUUUUUCUGCCUCACUUUUUUUUUUAUUUCUUGUAAUUAAAGAAAGAUGUCUAAGCAGAUUUUUUUUUUUUAUUUGAUUGUAAAGAUUGUAUAGUAGCUGGGUGGCCGAGCGGUCUAAACUGUCUCAAACGAAAUAGCUGGUGGUCUGGAGUUCAAUCCCCACCAAAGCCAUCCCAAGCAACCCGGUUGGAUGGGACUCGUUAGCCUUGGACGGCAACCUGUCUAAGAGAAGGCAAACUCUGAAUUUAAACCAGGAGCCAGAAUGAUCAACAAAUUGAUCGUGGGCAUCUCAAAUAUAAGAAGAAGAAGAAGUUGAAUAUUAGGUUUAGGUCAAUUCAGAGAACUUUAUUUGCGCAUUAAAAUGUAAAAUAAUGUACUGGUAACUAAACUUUACCAUGUCCAUGUCUUUGAUUGAAUAACUGUCAAAUAAAGUUUAAACCCAUGGAUCUAAAUGAAAUUACAUUUUUUCCUACCAUUUUCAUUUUGCACAAUUUCUGUUACUCCAAUAUUGUAAUUCGUGCUUCCUUAAAAUAUGCAUUCAAAGUGUACUCAUCCUAAAAUUUGAAUUUCUGUUUAUAGCAAAGUUUUUUCUUCUGAAUUUGUCCUGGGUUGUAAACAUAAAUGCAGCUAGCCACGUCUUCUUUUUAUUAAGGGAGGUGCAAUAUCUGUGCUUAAGCGAUUUUCCCAAGGCUUCUACAAGUAUGUAGAUACAUGUUUCAGUUACUUUACGGUAAGAAUGUAUCACCUAAGAUAAUUUUGUUGCUGCCAACACAGGAGGAGAUGAUGUACAGCAGUUAUGUGAGGCCGGUGAAGAUGAAUUUUUGGAAAUCAUGGCCCUGGUGGGUAUGGCCAGCAAACCACUUCAUGUAAGGAGACUACAAAAAGCACUCCAAGAAUGGGUGGCUAAUCCAGCUGCAUUUGAAGGUGAAAUCAGCAUAAGACAUACAUUAGACUUGGAUUGUUUGGUUUUCUUUUAAAGAAAUUUUCCCAUUUUAAAUUAGAGGUUUUCAGUUAAAUUAAAAAGUAAAUGUGUUAAGAAGUGGGCCCUUGAAAUAUAGAAGAAGAAAGAUUGAGCUUAAUUGUCCCCACCACAUGUACAGUUUAAAGUUUCCAUUGGUGAAUUUAAAUUGGUGAACUGGCUUUUCUGCCUCAUCAUCGGUGAAAUUUUAUCCAAAUGGUUAUGUGGUUUUGCUAAAUAAUUUUUUGAAUAACUUUUUUUGGUUUAAAAAAAAUCAGCACAUCAAGCAAAAUUUAGUGAACAGCUUACCUUUGAUUGAUUUUUUUUAUGUUCAUCCAAUUGAAAACGUCCCGGCUUACUUAAAAUAAAUUUUAUAAAUGAACCAUCUGUGUCUGCUAACAAAAAUGAUUUGUUCUACUCAUUAUAUGGGUUUAGUUCCUUUAAAAAUGUCCAUGGUAAAGACAACAGUUUUGGAUGGAAUAUUAAAGACCGUAACUCAGCCCCUUUCCUACUGCAGAGGUUUCAUGUUUCUAGUAGUGCUAUGUGCAGAUGGCAUGACACAAAUUAAGGACUGCGGUUUUUUUGUGCUGUAUGAAAAUGUUUCAAUUUUAUUUGAGGAAAUUAAAUUCUUAAUAAUCAAAAAUGAUUAAAACUUAAUUUAUAUUUCUAAAAAUCUUAUCUCUCAAUACAGUUAUAAAGAAAUAUCCAACACAUGUGAUGAGCAUGGCUGGCUCCACAUCUCAGUCCGUUAGUCCAUCCCAUUCAGUAGAGCGCUCCAACAGCCUCCAAGAUUAUAAGGUCACUCCACCACAAUCAUCUGCUAUUUCCACAUCGACACCAUGGACCUGUCAGGGGGGAGUAAGGGCAAUGAGUCCUUCAGAUGGCAGCAAUCUAGAGCACCCGAGUCCAUCAGAUUCACCGCCGACAGACUUUAAGGAAAUCAUGAAGGAUGUUUUGGUGUGUAUCUUCUCAAAUUUUCGCCUCAUCACUUUUACUUUAUCCCUAAUCGUCUUUUGAUUACUUUCUAUUAAUUAUUUCAGGAAAAUAUGGACAUAAAAGAUAACAAUUUUAAAAAGUUUUUGUCCUCUGAAAAUAAAAAUUGUUGGUUUUCAAACAAAAUUGCAAUCAUUAACUCGAUAUUAAAUCAGGUAUGGAGCUAACAUUUGCUGACCAUUGUUCACAGUAGAUAGAAAUAUUACUUAUUAAUAUUUUUUUAUUUUUUUAAAAACGUAUGUCUCUUGUCUUUUUCUUCUUUCUUUUCCUAUUCUCCCUUGACCAAACACAUUGACCAAAACAAUCAUCUUUACCAAUUGUUCACCAUAAUCCCCCUUUAUCUCAUUUUCUAUAUUGUUUUAUUUUCAGUGACAGUCAACUAAAAUUUUCCAUAUUAGUUUCAUCUCAAUACUUUUUUUUAGAUUUCUUUAAUGUAUUGUUAAUAUUUUUAAAGCAUUCUAUAUAUAUUAUGUUUGCUGAUGAACGCUCCAAUAUUUGUACUUUGUUUUAUUUUUCCCAUAAUUAAAUAAACACCACCCUUCAUUUUCACACCUGUAAUUCAUUUGUAUAUUUUCAUCCAUGGUACAGUACAAUCCUGAUGAUCAAUCCUAUCCUGGAAUGAUGGGCCUGCCCCAGCCUGCUCUGCUGGAACAUCAGAUCACUGCCAUAGCAACGGCGGCUGCCAUGUUAGCUCAAAACUUGCCUCCUUUUGAACCCAAGUCGAUGCCUAAAAAACAAAUAAGUAAAGAAAUAAGUGUAAGUAUUUGAAUGAUAUGCAAUGUUUUGAAAUGUAAUUGCUAUCAUCAACAAACAGUUUUACAACUAUGGUUAAAUAAAGAAUUUAGUUAACUUUUAUUUUCACUAAAACUUAGCUGACUUUGAGAAUAGAUUUUCUUAAAAAACCAAGUCGAUGCCUAAAAAACAAAUAAGUAAAGAAAUAAGUGUAAGUAUUUGAAUGAUAUGCAAUGUUUUGAAAUGUAAUUGCUAUCAUCAACAAACAGUUUUACAACUAUGGUUAAAUAAAGAAUUUAGUUAACUUUUAUUUUCACUAAAACUUAGCUGACUUUGAGAAUAGAUUUUCUUAAAAAACUUUUUGUGACAAUUAAUUUUGUCAAAAAUUAAUUGAUUUUUCAAUAUUUUAUUUUCAAAACUGAAUAAUUUCAUUACUGUUAGUCAUUAACUUUUUAAAUAUAGAUUUUCUUUUACUGAAGUUUUAUUUAUUAUAGAAAAAUGUAUUUGUUUAAAAAUAUAAAUGGAAAAAUCAUAAUUCUUUUACUGCUUGUGACAGCAUCAGUAGAAGCUAGAACUCUCUCAUCAAGUCAAAAAAAAUGUAACUGAGCAAAUUAAAUGUUCCAAAGUUAGAUUUGGCAAAUAGCAGUUAGCUAGUUCUUUAAAUAAAAUUAUGCAUGACUUGUUAAAAUUAAUUAUUUUUUAAAAAAUCCUGUAAUUAAAUUUACAGUGUGUUAUGAUGAUGGCUCUAAAUGAUCCAAAUCGGAUGGAUGCACUCAGAAAGUAUGCAGCUAUAUAUGGAAGAUUUGAUUCAAAAAGAAAAAAUGAUCGCCCAAUGUCAUUACAUGAGGUAUAGUUCAGAAUGAUUUUUUUAAAAUCUCUCGUUUAGAUUUUUUUAUUUUAAAAGUUUUCAUAUUUUUCUAUCAUUUAAAGAUGUAUGUGUGCACAUGUGUAAUUAAAUAAAUGUUAUAGCUAUAAAGCAAAGCUUUUUAGUCAACGCAACAUAAUCAUUUAUUUCAAGAUCCUUCCAUUUUUUAAAAUAAUCAGUGUAACGUAACUGUGAAUAAUAACAAUGUAAUGAAAUGUUUUAUCAUUCUAUUUUAAUACUUUAAAGACCUUCAAUUUUGAACACAAAUCUUUAACAGAUCUCUGUAAACGAAGCUGCUGCUCAGCUGUGUAGUCACUUUCCUGCAUUGUUGACAAGGAGAGAGGAGUUGUUUCCCUUGGCCCGGCAGGUGGUGAGAGACAGUGGGUACCAAUACUCGAAAGGUCAUUCGAGGUACGAUCUUAAAGGGUAAACAUCUUUUCAUUAAGACUUUAACUGUUGUCAUUUGACUAAUAAAAUAAAUCAAGUAUAACCACUUAAUUAAUAUAUUAUGUGCAAUUAGUCGCCAUCUUGAAGUAUUUAGUUUCAUUAGUGUUGGGAAUAUUAGACAUGUCUUUAAUAGAGGAGUAUUGUUCUCUGCUUUAUUGUCUCAGACAUGAGUGGAAUCAGGUAUAAGGGUCUCAAUUCAAGGUAAAAUAAUAUGUUAAACUAUUUUUUUAGCAGGCUAACUUAUAAAAUAAAUAAAUAGUACACUUUUUAAAAAAGUUGUCCUGUAAAGAAAAAUCAAAUCAUUAGGAGUCAGAAUGAUCAAUACAGUGAUGGGCCCUCAAAAUAUAGAAGAAAAAGAUAGGAUUAAAAAAAAAUUAAUCUCUUGCUCAACUACUAUGGCCAGUUUGGGGUGGGUUGUGUGGAUGCCACCAAAAAUAAUUGGAGUAGGCCUAAAGUUAAAUCUCAUUUACACUUACUAAAGGAUUUGUAUUUUUUUAAAAUUCAAAAUAAUGAACAAAUAAACCAACUGAUGUAGUAGAAUUAAAAAAGAAUUAAUACCCAUUCAAAUUUUGUAGCUACUGAUUAUAAAAACUAAUUUAAAAAAUGGAGAAGAAAAUCAUAAGUAACCAGCUGAUAAAAUAAACUACAAAAAAAAAAAAAAAAAGAAAAAAUCGCCUAAAAAAAAAAAAAAUAAAAAAAAAACAAAAAAAAAAUAAAAUAAAGUAAAAAAAAAAAAAAAAAAUAAAAUAAAAAAAAAAAAAAAAAUAAAUUAAAAAAAAGAAAAAAAAAAAAAAAAAAAACAAGCAAAAAAAAUAAACAAAAAAAAAAAAAAAAACAAGAAAAAAUCGCCUAAAUAUGAAAAUAAUGUAGAAAAACCAGUGCAACCAUUAAUUGAUGUAAUAAAAUAAAAAAUACGUAUAUUGAAAAAAAAAAUGAUUUAAAUAAUGGUAAGAAAAAAAAUAAUUGAAUGUUUUUUUUUUUAAUGGAACUAACUAUCCAGCAGAGAAAAUUUGUUUUUAAAUGUACCUUUAGAGUUUUUAUGUUACUUGUGUCUUUUUAAACAUUAAAUCCUGCUUAUUUGUCUUAAUUGACUGACUAAAAUUACUAAAAACUAAAAAGAUAUUUAUAAAAACAGGUGUUUUUAUUAUAUAAUCCAGAUAUAGUAAAAUGAAUUUCAUCAUCAAGUAGCAAAUAAGUUGUUGCAAUAUAUAUAUCCAAUAUUUGUUUCCUGGAAAAUGUGUUAUUUUGAUCAAAUAAAUUAUCUAUAUAAGACUGCAUAAUUAGAAAAAUUAAAUUAAAAAAAAAAUUAAAAACUGAAUUGUUUUCAUUAACAGCAACUCUGAAGGCAUCUGCAAGCAUUUAGAUUUUGUGUCCACUGCAUUUCUGAAUGUUUCUCUAGUUUAUGUCAAACAUUACGUCCCAUUCUUCCAUCCCGUUUUCCCUAAAUGGUGUUGCAUUUAACUAGCAUGGUGUCACCUUGGAACAUAAUCAAUUCAGUUUAAGGAUAUAUAUUUUUUUUUAAUGCAAUAUGUUCCCCAUAAACCAUUGCCAUUAAACUUCCAUUCAAUGAUUUGAGAUUAUUAUCAUGACUCAUUUAAUUUCUGCAGAGCUGCUGAAGUUUUAGUGCAGCCCAAAAUAGAGCAGGGGGAGUCCAUAGCGUCCACUUCAUCUCUGCUAGCCCAUUCCACAGCUGCUGUUAAUCAAGAUGAGAGUUUCAACGAUCUCCAGGUAGCACAUCCUUAUUACAUUAAACAUUCGUUUUGCAAGUAGCUGAUGUUGAAAUCCACACCACUAUUUUUUUUUCAAGCUGUCGGUCAACACUGCUGAAAGUUUGGAAAAACUAAACAUAAAGCAGAUUAACAUUUUUCUAAAACAAAAAAAUUGGAAGCCUCUAGAAAAAAACUCCCAUUAGUGUAAAAGUUAUUAAAUUAUAAGGAAUUACACUGGCACUAUCAUUUGAAUGAACAGAGCUUAGUUGACAGUAAAUGUAAGAAGCAAUGACAGAUAUUUUGUACUUAUCUUAUAUAUGACCAUUAUUAAGAGGACAGACGCUGGGCUCAACCUCAGUGACCUAUACAGGAGGACAGACUCUAGGCUCAAUCUCAGUGACCAUAAUGAAGAGGACCGACUGUGGGCUCAAUCUCAGAUCUCAAGCUUGGAGUUAAUGUUAUUACCUGCCACUUUGCUAAAUAUUAGUAUUGGAAUUCUCUUCUCAAAUAACCUAAAAUGGUCACCCCUAUAAACAAAAUUUAAAAAAAAGCCAACUCCACCCUAGGUUUCAUUCGAAGAAAUUGGCGCCACUGCCCAACUUCCUGCAAACGAAAUGCCUAUCUCUCACUCUUCCGUCCACUACUAGAAUAUGGUGCGAUCAUCUGUGACCCACACCUUAAGCAAGACGUGGACAAGAUGAAGCGAAUUCAACGAAACGCGGUGCGUUUUAUCGCUAGAGACAACAAAUCCACCACUUCUGGCUUCGUCAUUGGCCUCUUAAAAAGAUUUGACAUCCACCCCCCCUCCUUUAAAGACAGACGAGAGGGACUCCGCCUGAUAUCUUAUACAAAGUGGUCAUGGGACUGGUGCCGGCCAUCGCAGCAGGCAUGUACCUAAACGCGGUGCGUUUUAUCGCUAGAGACAACAAAUCCACCACUUCUGGCUUCGUCAUUGGCCUCUUAAAAAGAUUUGACAUCCCCCCCCCCCUCCUUUAAAGACAGACGAGAGGGACUCCGCCUGAUAUCUUAUACAAAGUGGUCAUGGGACUGGUGCCGGCCAUCGCAGCAGGCAUGUACCUCACCCCACAGAAGCCGGGUAGACUGAUCUAAGCAAAACGCUCACUGAACACUGACUUCACCACUGACAAUCCCAUAAACUAUUGCACCCAAAACAAUAGCAAAUGCUUCAAAGUGCCUCAGUGCAACACCCUGCAGUAUAAACAAUCUUUCUUCCCACCCACAAUAAUAUCAUGGAACCACCUAGACAAUGCCACUGUGAACUCGACAUCGGUCGAAAGCUUCAAGGCUGCCCUUGCAUCUUCUAGGAGCUGUUAGAAUAGCAACAUCAUACCCCCAUCUGUUGCACAGAUGCCAGUAAAUGGAUGCAGCAACGAACACUACCAGAACCAGAAUCACUUUGUAUAAAAUCACAUCCAGUCCCGCUUUUAAGUGUUUAACCAUGUUUUGACGCCCUAGGUGCAAAUUGAAAAAUGCCUACCAUCUCUCUCUCCCCCUGUUAUUCAAGCUAAAAGAAUUAAUGCAUUUAAUAUAAAAGAACUUGUAUUUAACACUAAAAAAUUAUGUUAAGUCUUUCUUUCAUUAAAUUUUUUUUGCUCCUAAUAUGCUCAUUUUUUUGAAGCUGUUUGAUUUUAAAUGAAAUAUUUUGCCACCCCUAAUCGCACAUGAUGUGUUGUGUGUAUUUUUUUGGGGAAAUUUUUUAUUUUACUGUAGAUUAAUUAGACACAAACAUGUGUGAAAAUAAAACAAUAUACGUUCAGUUUUAGUAAUGAUCAUAAAUGUUUUUUGUUCUGAUGAUGACAUUUGCCGAAAUGUUUAUAUUUGUAUUCUGUAUGCUCAUUAUUAAAGCUGAAUGUAUAUGGUUUUAUUUACAUAAAUUGUUUGUGUCUAAUUAAUCUACUUGAAAUCAUCUUCACCACACUUAUGAUUAGUCAAUUUUUAAUUGGUUUCUUUCAACUUCUUCCAUAAAUUUUUUGUCAAAUUUCUUUGAAUCUUGUGGCGCUAAAAUUUGAAAUACAGCUUUGUCUUGUAAGACAUUUAAAUCUAUCAAAAUUUGACACAUCCUUAAAUGACUUACUUGAAUAAGAUACAUUUUAAACAAUGUAGAAAGGGCAGUGAUGCACUCAUGAUUGCGUUUCAAUAAAAAGAUAGGAUUUAAAAGAAAUAUCUAUUUGGUUUUCCUAAAUCCAUUUUUUAUGUUAAUUUGUUAGCAACAGAUUCAAGACAUUUACAAUUCUUAGCGUUUAUUGCGUCGCUUUUUUUACCACAUGUUCAUUGUAAAUUUUUACCCUUUUCCACAUAAUGGUAUUCAUUAUAAAAUUUAACACAGCAACUUCAUUUUUAGUGUUUAAUUGUAUAUACAUUUAAAAAUAUUUUUACAGAGAGAGCUCACUCAAAUUACCCUUGAGCUUUCUGAAAUGGCAAAAGAGCAAGAUCGUAUACGCAGUGCCUUAAGAGUACUUCUAGAAGCCAAUGACCAUGACCAGAUGAAGACCUUGACCUCAGAAAUGGAUGAGCUGAAUGACCGUCAGACUGUUUUGACCAAGAAAAAACAGAGAAUAGUCAACACCAUUUCCAAGUAUGCAUUGUAUUUACCGUAUUGUAUUGGUCAUUGUAAACCUUCAUUCAAACUGAGGUUUGGUGCAUGCACAUAUCUCAGGGACAAAUUCUGUUUCUAGAUACGAAUCUCCCAACAUUCUUGUAUCUGGAUACACAUUGCUCCAGACACAUGUGUCAGACACAGAUAUCCCAUGUAAGUGUUCACACUGGCAGGAGAAUUUUUGCAUCUAUGUGCCAUUGUUACAUUUUUAAAUGGUCAAUGAAAAGAGCAGAAAGAGGAAACAAUUUUGGUGGGUGUGUAAUUUUUGGACAUGAAAUUGUUGGUGAUGAAUGAAUUAAACCUGGGGGAUUUAAAAGCCUUUGAAAAAAUAUUUAUAAUUUCAGCAAAAGUAUUUGAGUCAUUACUCAGUAAAACAGCACCUAAUUUGAUAUCACAUAAUACAAGCUAUUGACAAGCAAUUACACAUGUAGACAGAUUUCCUACAGUGGAACAAUAACUAAACUAAGAGGAUUCAUCAAAGUUGUUCUGUUUUAUUACGAUAUAGUCCUAUUCAGCCCAUGAAGGGUCCCUAAAGCAUUUCCUGUUUCAAAUUGCCCUGUUAAACCCAUAAAAAGGAACUAGAAGUUUUUAAAUAAAGAAACAAAUGUGUUCAGGGAUCCUGCAAAUAUCAAAUUUUGUCCCAGUUUUUGUAUUCAGUGUCUUGGAACAUGUCACAGAAUGCAGCUUGUGUCAAGUUACCGAAAGGCAUGUGCCCAAAUGUCAGCAACAAAGUCAUCAGUGUGCAUAUAACCCAAUACAUACUUGUCAUAUCUAUUGAGUUUUCAGUACGGUACUGAAGGGGAAAUUUAAAUACAUUACUUUUAUUAACCUCUUAAAACUAUAGAAAAUAUACAAUUAAAUUCUGCAACAUAUUUUAUGGGUGACUACUACAAAGUGAACGUUUUUACAUUUUCGCUUUCCAUCUUUUCAGAUUUAGGAAAGGUACCCCUAAGCAGUUAUCGCCUAAAGGUGAGAAACUUAACAUGUAAAUCAUGAUUAAGAUAAAUCGAUGUUAAUAAUUAAAUAUUUUUUGGUCACUUUUAAGUAGAUACCUGUUCAAUUAUAUGUUUUGCAAUAGCUAAUCAGGUUUAUAACCAGGACUGUGAGAAUAGUUACUUGACCUGAAAAAUUUGACAGCCAAAUCAAAGAUAGGCAGGAGAAAAACAAAUAGCUGUAGCGCAUUUAUAAAGAUAAUAUAAUAUUGGGUAUAAUGUGUGCAAGCACAUCUGACAUGCAUUCAAGCAAUAGAAAUCUCUUUUUCCAUUUUUUACAAAUUUGUUAAUCAAGAUCAAUAAAAUAAUUGUUUAUGUUGUGAGCAGCCCAAUAAGAGCAAUAGAGUUGAUCCAAAGGGCAUUGAAUAGUGGUAAAAAUAUUGGUAUAGAUGUUAAAGUUUACAGCAACAAAAAAAAGUUGUUGUUAAACAAAUCAUGCCAAUCAAGACAACUAUUCCUUUUGGCUUUCUUGAUUAAUGUGGUAAUAAUCUAAAUGUAUCAUUUCUGUGGCUGCAAAGGUUUUUCCUCCAACAAAUACAAUUAAUUUAUUGCUUAAAAAAAUCACAUGAAGAUCUAUUUAAAAAUGACAAAAAGAUCUAUUUAAAAAUCAGAAAGAUCUAUAAUUGAUUAUGUUUUAUUUGUUAAAAAUACUUAAAACGAAUGUAGUGUAUUUUUGUUUUAAAAUGUUGUGAUUAGUUAUAUAAAGUUAAAUUAAGUUAUCAUAUUUUGAAAAGUCAUAUUUUAUUCUAUUUUCAGCCAGUAUACCCCUUGAGCUAUCGAAACACUCAUCUCCACUUGGACAUGGUUCAGGAAAACGACACAGCAAGAGCAGCUCUCCUUAUGGUUAUGGUGACGAGACGGCACAAAGCAAUCCCCUCAAUACUUUAUACAUGGCAGCCCUUCAUAACCAUAGGGAUUCUCUGUUUGAUGAGGGCUUACGGAUAGCCACUCAAUAUGGAAUGGCAGACUUUGCACAGGAACUGAUGGGCAUGAAGUCAAAAGAUAAAGAUGAUGAGAAUGGUGAUUCAUCCAUUCCAGCUUCGUCAGAGAGCGGAGGAAAUUCAGCAUUUGCUGUUUAUUCAUCCAUGAGCUCAUCCGCUGCUGAGACAAGCAUGAUCCUACCAUCCAAUCCAUCAACACUGCUCAUCGAUUGUAAAACACCCGACCGCCCAAGUGGGGUCAAAGCAAUAACAACGCCCACAGAGAAGUCAAAAUAUGAUCCACAUGGCAAGAAAUCAGUUAAUAUCAGCGGAUACACCAGCGCCACAAUAAGCUCCAACGAUGCCCAUCGUAAGCAUGUGGGGGCUGUGGGCUUGUCUCACUUGAAAUCCAGCAUCAGUGACAAGGGCAGCAGCCCUGUGGUUGACACAACAUCUGUGUCCGUGGAACGUUCUCUCCCCAAAGGCAGCACCACUACCACUACAAUGAUCACCACAAAGACUGGCCAGGUCAUUGAAGUGGAGACGCGGCGUUCAAGUCGUAGAAAAAACGGCGAGCCGGAUUAUUAUCUGAUCAACGGUGGCGAGAAAAGGUUCCGGGGCGGCAACUCCAGGCGCAGCAGCAGUACGUCGAGUGAACGUACGAGGCGGCUGUCAUCUUCUUCUUCGACAUCGUCAGUCAACCCCAGCACACCCACAGCAGUGUCACCCAUAAAAAUUCUCAAAACAGAAAACCAGAUACAUGGAGACGACAUCAUACGUAUGCACAUGAGUGAACUGCGGAGGAGAGACGGCACUGAAAUCCAAAAAGUAACUUUAGAUUUUAAUAACUCUAAUGAAGUUGACCUAAUUGAAAGUAACAGUCAGAGUGAUGUGGAAGGUGGUGAAAACGAUGUGGAAAAAAGAAUUAUAAGGAAAAAGACACGUGUGCAUCCCUAUAAUGGGCAACGUCACAUAGGAGAACUAAAUAGCACAUCCUAAAUGAGGAUGGGAGAUAAGACCUGUAAAUAUUACUGUCAGCAUAAAAAAAUCUGAAACUCUAAAAUCUUGCCAACUAAUUAUGUAAGCAUUUUUCUACCUGUAUCAUAAAGUGACAAACUGAUUUUAUGAUUUGACUAAACUGAUGUCAUAAAGUGAAUCUACAGGUUUCAUGAAGAGAAUCUACUGACGCACUUUAUAAAGCUCUGAAGCGAAUCUGAAUAUUGACACUUAAACUCAGUAAAUCACAGUAAAAUAAUAGAAAAAUUGAAAGGCUGGUUCUCUAGCUAAAUUGUGGGUCAAAUAUGAGUGAAAGCAUAAUUAAAAAAGAUUCAACCACAAACAAGUUGAAUCGUAAAAAGUGAUCCAUGUUUGAGAACGGAAUAUGUACCCCAGUAGGAUAACAGAACAUGGCCCAUUGGUUGCUUAUCUUUGAGUAAACAACAAAAGUAACCAAUGGAAUGAAUGGCAUAAUUUAUGUUAAUAUAUUUCAGAAAGACACAUGUUUGUAUAUAUAUAUAUAUAUAAUUUAUAAAAAAUACAGGAUCUGAAGUCCAGUACGUGAAAAACACUGUGAUUGUGAAAUGAUUACAUGAACCCGUAUUUAAUAAUCUGAACGUGAAGAAUGGGGUUAAGGUACUGUAGAUUCUGGUUAAUUGGGAUAUUUCUAUGUGGCUAGUGCAACAAAAUAGAAAUCAUCAAAAUCUAGUCGGACUGCAUCAGAAUCAAAACUCUUAGCAUCACGAUCAAUCAGAGUUUUGAAAUACAUUUUAAAAGUUAUCAAUGAUUGCAUGAAUUUUUUUUAUAAUUUGUGCAUCAUUGUGUGGCCUAAAGAAAAUCACCGUGAGCUAAUCAGUUCUCAGUUGUUGUUGUUUUUUUAGGGGGAGGGGUGUUAUUGCUUGUGUCUCUCCAACCACAGGUGACCUAUUCUUUUUCUUAUGUAAGAGCUCAACAUUUUUAUUAUUUUUUUUAAUACAAAGAGAUACUGAUGUGGCAACACUAGCCCAUUUGAAAAAAAAUUAUGCCGCGAGGACUUCCUAAUAACUAUUUAAAGAGAAGAAGUGGUUGUUAAUAAAAACUCAAAUCAAUUAGAAUGCAUUUGUCAUCUGUAUUGCAGCAUCAUAAUUACAUAUUUCACUUUCAUCCAUUAAUUGUAAGAUAUGAGGUUUGCAUAAAAUGAAAGUAUUGAAGCAAAAAAAAAAUGUAUCCUGCCUUAGAAAUAACACAUCUCUUUUUAAUAUUGACCAAAAUGAUCAAGAUAUUGAAAUAAUAUUUGUAAUUUAAAGGUUUUUGUUCUAUUGGCUUCUCACUUCACUUGAUUACCGGUACCAGGAAACGAGUGUACAGUUUAAGACAAUGUUCAAAUUUUAAUAAAGUUGUGUUAUACAUUAGAGAUGGAGAUAAUUGUACUAAAAAUAUAAAAAUUGGAAAUAUAUGUUUUUUAUUCAAUUUAUGAUAGUGAUAGAGAUGUAUGUGGGUGGAAUUUUAAGAGUAGCACAAAAUAUAAUUGGAUAACAAUUCAAUAAAUACGGUUAGGG